AUGUUAAAGAUGCUGAUGCGACAGCAACAGCAGCAACAACAUCAGCGAUUGCAGCAGCAACAGCAUCAACAACAGCGCUACUCUCAACAACAGCAGCAAUACAGACAACAACAACAGCAGCAGCAACAGCAGUCACAGUACAGACAAAUACUUCCCAACUAUGGCCAGCAGCAGCAGAGACCGAGACCUUAUAAUAAAGGGAAUCAGACCGGAUUAGUAAUAUCAUCAGUAUCCAGUUUAUCCAGCUCAAGUCAGGAGAUGAGUGGGUUAAAGUUACCCAGUGGGAUAACUAUACAUAGAGCAGAACCAGAGAUAAACCUACCUUCAAGUAUCACAAUAUCCAGAGUUGAACCCGAGAUUCAGAUAGUUGAAGAGAACCUUGUUCCUCAACAGUCCUCCCGAGUUCAUCAUAAUAUACAGGCCUCUAGUCAGCAGCAGCAGCAGAGGAUGUCUAGAGGUCGACCUGUCCUUUCAUCCAGAGGUUCUCCCAGGAUGAGUGCUGUAAACCCUGCUACGUUAGCCCCGUUUGACCGGCUGUGCCGGGUCUGCUCUGUUCCUAACAAUGUUAUUUUCCGGGUUCAAGAUAAACCUGAGGUUUUAACCAGGCUAGAGGCAGUUCUCAAUCUCAAGAUUGAUAUCAAGGUCGACGAGGAGGAGGGGUAUCCUAGUGUAAUCUGUAGAAAAUGUUGUAAUCUUGUGGAAACAUUCUACCAGUUUGAUAAACAGAUCAAAUCCGGACAGGAAGCCUUGAAACAGAAAGUAGAGGAAAGAAGAAAAGCGAAAGAAGCGCAGAUGCUGGGUACAGAAGAGAUCACGAUAGAACACAAUCCUACAUCUCCAGAUUCUAUAGGAGUUGAUCCUUUAGAAACUAGUGGAGUACAGGCUUCUGUGUUUGUUGAUCUACCUGAUACCAAGGUUGGAAAUAUCAAGAUUAAACAGGAGUCUCUUAAACAUAAGGACACUACACCCUUUACAACUGUAUUUACUGAUGCUGUGGAUGUAAAAAUUAAAAUGGAACCAGGGCUAGGGGAGAAGGAAGGAGAGAAGGAAGAGGGAAAGGAGAAGGAGGGAGAGAAGGAGAAAGAGAAGAGUAAGGAAGGAGAGGAGGGAGGAUCUCUGUUUGACACCUAUCCAUUAUCCACUACAGAGGAUUCAGGAUUAUUGUUUGAUGGGUAUCCUUCCUUUCCUUCCAGUUCCUUACCUACAGGUGUUGAAGAGCGUCCUGAGAUAUCUGAUUCUGGCGAACUGAGAACCCCUGAACCUGUCUCACCUGAACCAGGAUUCCCAGUUAUACACGCGGUAACCAGUGCAACGGAGGAUACAGAGCAAACCGAUCAGAAACCCAUCCUUAAUCCCCUCAUGAAUUCACAAUCAACAGAGGUGGAAUCCAACCUUAAUCCCCUCCAGGAUUCACAAUCCACAGAGGAGGGAUCCAACCUUAAUCCCCACCAGGAUUCACAAUCCACAGAGGAGGGAUCCAACCUUAAUCCCCUCCAGGAUUCUCAAUCCACAGAGGAGGGAUCCAACCUUAAUCCCCUCCAGGAUUCUCAAUUCACAGAGGAGGGAUCCAACCUUAAUCCCCUCCAGGAUUCUCAAUCCACAGAGGAGGGAUCCAACCUUAAACCCCUCCAAGACAAACAAUCAACGGAUGAAAACAGAGCGGAACCAAAUGCGGAAAAUAAUAAGAAGACCACAGAAGAAAUUAAUACUGCUGGUAAAGAUGAAGAAGAGGGAAAAGUAAUGAAAGAGAACAUCGAAAAGUUGAAGAAUGGAAAUGAAGAUAGAACUGAUGAACUGGAAAGUAAAGAAGGGAAUAUGAAUGGAGAUGAAGAAAAAAUGGACACUGAUCCAGUGCAUGAUGAGGAUGGUGGGGAGGGUAUGAAUGGAAUAGAUGAAGGAGAGAAUGGGGAGAAUGAAAUGGAAAAUGAUCUUGAAGACCUUGAAUCAGAUGCUCCUAGUUUCAAGGUCCGUGAUCUGAGACAACCAGAUGAACAGGAUCUGGGAGAGGAAUAUUAUCAGGAUGGAGAGGCUGGGGGUGAAGAGAUGCAGAUAGACGAAGAUGGUCUCGAGGUAGACGGAGAUGGUCUUGAGGUAGACGGAGAUGGUCUUGAGGUUGACGGAGAUGGUCUUGAGGUUGACGGAGAUGGUCUUGAGGUUGAAGGAGAGGAGGGAGAUCCUUUACUAGAAUCUCAUGAAGAAGAAGAUUUGGAUGAAUCUGAUGAUUUUGGAGGAUACGAUCCUUUGAAACUUGUUGAAAUGGAGGCCGGGGGAGAACUCGAGGAUCAUGAAACAAACGAUCAGGAGGAAUUGGACGAUCAUGAUGGUUUUGAGAAUGAGCAGGACGGAUUGGAUGAUCAAGACUAUGACGAGGUGCAUGAUGAGGAGAAUGUGGAAGGGUAUGGUGAGCAUGAUGGACAGGAAGGGGAUGAUGAAGGCCAGCAUGAUGGACAGGAAGGGGAUGAUGAGGAGUAUCAUGAACAGGAGGAAUAUUUUGAUCCAUCUGGAAACCAAGAUUCCUAUUCUGAUCCUGAUCCAGAAACUGAACGCGAAGAAGAAGAAGAAGCUGGCGCACUUCAAGACGAUGACGAUGACACCCACCAUGCCACAAACGACGAAAAUCCUGGAAACAGUUGUCAGCGUCGGACGAGUGAAGAGAAUACAGAUAUGGACGAGGAUAGAACAAAUACAGAAACUGGAGAUGGUGAAAACUCUGAAGUUACAGAUAAUACUGAGGAAGAUGAGCAUAUAGAGAACCCGGCGAGUACUGCUGAUGAAAGUUUAGAAUCAGCUACAGAACCAGAGCCCACAGGGCGUUGAUGUGUUAGGGCUACGAAAAAAGAAGAUUUCAAAUUGAUGUUGAAACUUCUGUUCUAUUUCUGUAUUAACUUCAGGGAUUGUACAAAUUAGUUUUUACAUGUACAGAUCUCGCUGUAUAUUGUACAUACCUACUUAUAUCAUGUACAUUUGCUAAGUCCGUCAUUAAUUCAAUAAAAUGUAAAUUGUAAGAGUUUUAAAA